AUGGCGUCGUCCCAAGGCCCUGUUUCGUCCGCCGGGGCAAAAUUGGGUGUCAAAACAUCCAAGGCCAUGCCGAGGGUACCGACCAAGUCGUAUACUGAGAUGCUGUUCGAAUUCAGUGAUGGCAAAGGCUAUGACAUUAGCUCUAUCCAGGCCGCGGAGAACAACACAAAAAUUGCACUUGACCCGGACUACCAGAUGAGGUGGGAGAUCACACUUGGUGCCUCUAUCAAGCAACAAUGCGGAAGUAUAACAGACAGAACACACUAUAUUGCCCGUAUCCCUAAGGGCUUCAUGCUGAUCUUCGAUCCGAAGAAGGGGGAACGUCAUGUUGUCGGACACCCAGGCGGCAUGGGGAGGGACUUUUGGUACCAUAGCGUCGGGGAGUUCGCACCUCAUGCACUCUGGCUUGCAGCACCUGCUCCUUACGACCGCUCAAAGUGCUCGUGUGAGCCGUGUAAGAAGAUGUUAGGGAAGCCAAAGGCCAAGGAGUCUAAGAAGCCGGCGCCAAAACGCAAGCAGCCUGCCGCUGCCACUGCCAGCACUACUGUUUCCCGCCCAUCAGCAACCACCACGACCACUACAACCACUACAACCACCCCUACUAGCACUCCAGCUGCUGCCAAUGCUGCUGCUGCCAGUACUGCUGCUACUCCUGCUGCUACUCCUGCUGCUACUCCUGCUGCUACUCCUGCUGCUACUACUCCUGCUGCUGCUCCUGCUGCUGCUCCCAAGUUAGCAGCCAAUGCCGAAAAGCCUGUUGCUGCGGCACCAACCAAACCUCCUGCCAAGCCAGCCGUGGUCAGGCCGCCGACGCCUCCCCCGCCUGUGGAAGACCAUUCAAUUUACCGGGCCGGGGAAGUUGUUUGGUAUGGCACCCAGACGGGCAUCUGGCGCAUUGGGCUCAUUCUGUCGCGGGCACGCGAGACCACUGAGACGGACACAUGGGUCGUGGCGCCUUUAGGACAUAAAAUUCUCAAUCAAGAAAGCAGCAUCAAACCGGCGGCACAAAUGCGACCUUUCCACGCAUUCAGCCUACCGGGUAUCGACAUACAGGAGCUACAGGAGAGUGCAUUCGCCGAGGUUGACUGGCCUGCCUUUGUUCACCGGUAUGCGGGCACCAACGCGCACAAGCAGCAGCUGGUGGGACUGGAGGCUUCCAAGAUGGCGGCUAGGGACGUCAAUGUUUCUUUCUCAACUUUCAACAGACUCGGGGCCAUUACUCCUGAUGGCCGACGUGGGUCAUAUGGUGGCAUAUUCCUUGGUCCAGAAAUGAUACGUGUGGGUGAUGCUGUCCGGGUCACACGCCUGAUCGGAGAACAAGACGGGAGCCCAGAUAUUAUGGAGAUCAAGCAUAUCGUCGAUGAUGAAGAUUGUCUACAACCAAAGUUCCACGGCGACGUCUGGCGUUCACAGAUCGUCCCUCUCGAGGCGCCAGAGCAGAGCAGUCAGCCGCAAGGCGUCGAUCUCGUGCGCCAGAUCCAGAUCACCAAUGAGGUCCUGCGACCCCAGGGAGGACGGCUGGACUGGUUUCUAGUAGAGACGGACGCCGAGAGGGCUGAAGCUGACGUGCGUGGCCGGUUCUAUGUCACUUUUGACCUGCUCCCGGACGUUAAAGGUAGCUUGAUGGAAGGUAACCCAUUCGACGAUGGCACUCAGCGCGUCAAUGCGCGGCUGAGGCCGGACAAGCCUUUCUACAUUGGUCGCAAGGAGAACAGAAGAGCCACGUUUGGGGACUCGGCGUCCCUUGACAUGCUAGACCUCGGCCCUAAUGUAGUGGAAGGCUAG